AUGAGACCCAAGGUGCGACAGCAAAGUUCCUUGGUUCCCAUGGCUUUUUUUGUUACUGUCUCCGCUGGAGCUAGUGCCAGAGGACGGGUCCCAUCGCGACCUAUUCGUCUACAAAUAAUAACCAUCUAUCCUGGAGAAGCUCUCCACCUCGAAGGAACAAUCACUUCUCGUCUCCGAGGUCGUCGUAUCACCCACGCUUACUUCCUUAUGGCUCCAGCCAGCUUCGUCGAGUAUAUCUUCCGUCUCCUUUGCUUCCCGUCCGUGCCAUCUGUCAAGACUGUUGGCGAUGCCUGCGGGAACGAAUCAAAGGCACUCGAAGCCCCCAUGCUGUAUCGACAGCAACCACUACUCUGGACAAGUCCUUGUUUUGAAGCAAUAUAA